UUCGUGUUCAGUCAGUUGUUGGGCGCCGCCACGUUUGGACGUUCUCUCUCUUUCACCUGCUAGUUACAUCGUGUCAUUUUCCGUGUGGCCACGUUACAAUAUUCAAGCCAUUGAAGAACAGCAUUGACAACAACAACACAAAAAGGGGGGCACACCUGUUCUUCUAGCAUAGCUAAAUCCGGCAAUGUGGUGACGACACGUUUUUCUGUUACCGGUAUUCAUUUUUACGUCAAAACAGCAGGGUGGAAAGAGGAGAAUAGUGGGUGCGGAAGUGGGGUUGAUUGUUUGAUGGGACGCAGUCAUAGAAAAUGCGGCAACAAGAGCAUCAACAACUGAGCGAAAUGGAUAACAACGACCGGAAACGUGACGAAACAACAUCGCUUGAUUCCACAGUUCAACACAAAGCGUCCGUCAAGGGACGGAUCAACAACGACCCUCUACCGCUAUCUAAUUGCGAUUUAAAUUUGAAGUUUGCAGAAGAUACGAACAGGAUCGACGAGCGAGCCUCGCCCACAUCCAUGUCGAUUGAAGGUAGCCAAGAGACGGUCCGUCUACCGGCCACUUUUGGGGUGAAAUUCCUCGGCAAACGGGAAGCCCGUGGGCUUUGGGGUAUCAAGUUCACGCGCAAACCUGUUGACGACAUGGUGGCACUAGCCAAAAACCUUAAACCGGGCACCUCCUUGCCUCAUCUUCACUUUAAGGUCGACUCCGCAGGUGUUACAAUCAGCGAAAUGCCCGAUAAUCGUUCUCGAGAUUUCGAGACAGGUUUUUACCCAGUCGACAUCAUCUCCUACGGUGUCCAGGAUGUUGUCUACACGAGGGUGUUUUCGAUGAUCGUCGUUCGUGAUACGACGGCCAUCUCUCCUUCGGCGCUAAUGGGCGGCACGGCGGCUCCGUUCGAAUGCUAUGCGUACGUCUGCGAUAGCCGACAGAGUGCCAGGACGUUGACCAUUGCCUUGGCAACGGCUUUCCAGGAAUUCAGUAAGACGGUCAAAAACCAAAAGACCAAGCACAAACGCAUCGCCAUCGACUUGCGCACGCCCGAACAAAUGGCCGCCGACUGUGAGGAUCAAGAAACCGAGGCGUGAACCAUUUUUUUUUCCCUCGUCACUUUCUUUUAAUUGCCCCCUCUCUGUUUUUUUUUUUUUCCUUUCGCGUGUGACUUUUUUUUUUACGUUUCUCCCAAAUUCCUCCAAUGUAGAAUUUUAUUUGAUUAUUCGGUGUAAUUUUGGAGAAUUAUACUGCAGCAGACUUUUGUCCAUAAAUA